GACGAUGUGCACGGGUGCGAAGAGAGGGUACUUGAGGACGAGGCUGUUGCGCUUUUUGAUAGGAUUCAUUUGACUUGAUAUCAAGUCCUUUUCUCAUAGUUUCCCUCCACAGACAGAAUAGAUGGCCUCUACUGCGAUGGCAUCGACACCGUCACGAACCCUUCCUGGGCUUUUCUCACCAUCCGAUAGUCUAUCUGGCAUUGAUGGGACAUUUGGACAUACAACCUCACUUCCUCAGACCCCAAAGACCGCACCUACCCUACGGCAAGCAAAAUCGUGUGAUAAUUCGCCAAAGGACUACACUGUCUCAACCUAUAAUCGCUUGAAUCUUCAGCGACCGCAUCUUGCCGAGGCAAACAGCGAGAGCGCGGUGCUCGAUAUCCAAGAGAUUCGCAGACAUUUGGAAUGGAAAGACAUCGACAAGAGAAGCCGAGGCCAGGCAUCUGGAGCGAAGUCGACAGGCAGACGAGCAUCGAAUCCCGAAGGCAACAAUCGCGUACAUAAACGAACGAAAUCAAGACUUUCCGAUGUAGGCAGCAGUGGGAGCCCAAGACAACGGGUUCCGCCUCGUGGAGACGACCCGGAUCCAUCGACCACGAAGACCACACCGAUUCCUGAGGUCAAGCAGGCCAAAGAAAUCAAAAUCCCUGAAACUGCACGGGAAGUGCAUGAUGAAUUGCAAUCGUUCCUACGAAAACAAUUCACCACGAACAACUCCAAGGGGCAUAUCUAUAUUUUUCGUGACAUGGUCCACGGGAAACGCAUCAAGAUCGGGUCAUCGGAUAACGUCUCUCGCCGCAAGGGAGAUAUUGUCCGGGAAUGUGGUAUGGAGCUGAAGCUCAUGCAUGUCUCGCAAGCAUGUAUGAAUCGAAUCAAGACUGAACAUCUGAUUCAUCGCGACCUUGGUGUUCACCGUCGACCAUUCUAUUGCAGCGUUUGCGAGAAAAUGCAUACGGAAUGGUUUUCGUUCCCUAAUAAGUAUGCCGAAAAAACAGUUGACAGGUGGGUAGCGUUCAUGCAGCAUGAACCGUAUCAACAAUCAGCAAAACUGAAAGACAUGUGGGAACACGUCAUCUCCAGAAGGAUGUCACGGUUCCAUAUCGACAAUAAAAUUAGCGACGCCAGGAGGUGGUCGCAUUGGGAGUCUAUUUUGGUGCCUAUAACGAUGCUUGAACAGCUCAUGUAUGUAUAUCAUACCAGUUGGCCGGGUCUUUGUUUCUUAUGGCAAUACAAUUGGCAGAUUGCCGUAUUUGUGCUCGGUACAAGAUCGUGGCUCUGGGAACGGACCGUUUUCACUUUCUUUCUUGCGGUUGUCUCUUUCAUGUGCUCUUCUUUUAGCAUCUUUUCGUCAAUAGGAAGCUUGAAUAAGCUUUAGCUCACCCAAUGAACCUUUUCAUCUCGAUGGCAGACUCUUUGUAUAAUAUUUCACCGCCCUUGGGUUUCUUUCAGAGCGAAUCCAGCCUUGAUAUCUUCGUUCCUUACUACUAUCCUUAUUUUGUACAAAUUUAGUACGUACUACACACACUAGAAAGAGGAUAAAUGUAUAAC